UAAAUUGAAGUUUGAAACAGUUGCUAUCGUAAAAUAGCAACAAUGGAGGUGUCAGAAAAUCCAUCAAAAAAAAUAAAGCAAAUUUGCAGGAUUUGUUUCAUAGAAUCAAUUAAUUUGACGCCUGUAUUUAGUAACCAUAAAGUAGAAAAAAAAUAUCCAGGUUUGAUAGAAAAAAUACGCGAAUGUGGUGGGAUUCAAUUGCGAGAAGAAAGAGGAAUUCCUUUUUUAAUUUGUGAUAAUUGCAUUGAAAACGCCAAAAUAGCAUACAAAUUUCGGCUCCAGUGUCAGCAUUCAGAGACACGACUGCAAUUAUUCCAUGAAGAAUUAAUCCAACGUAGCAUUCAAAUAACGCGCGAGAAAAAAAAAUUAACCGAGACAACUGAUUCUAUAAGCGGAAGUGAAGCUUCGAAGUUGGUCAUUGAUGAAGACUUGUCAUUGAGUGAUGAUGCAAAAAGUAUUGAUAGAAUUGACACUAAAAAUGACAAAGUUGAUGGCGAUGAUUUAAAUUCGAAGAAAGAAAAAGAAACUGAUGGUAAAGAUGAAAAAAUUGAAGUAUUUAAUGGUAGUAAACGUAAGUAUAAUCGUAAAAUAAUUAAAUGUCAUCAGUGUAAUCAAGUUUUUAGAAGUCUUGAAGCUUUAGCGCAUCAUUCAUUUAAUGAUCAUGGGGAAAAAUAUAAAUGUUUCUGGUGCCCAGAGACUUUUGAUACCUUGGGAUUGAUGAAAAUUCAUAAAAAAAUUCAUGAUCGUCGGUCUCGUAGUAGGAAAAUAAGUGAUAAUGGUCAUGAUGACAGCAAUGUGUCAGUAAAUGAAGAAAUUAUUCAAAAAUCAAAAUUUGAAUCUAGGAUUGAAAAGACUGCGGAUGGCGAUCAUAAAGAAGAUGGUAAAAAUAAUCCACCAGCAAGUGAUGCAAAAAUAAUUGGAAAGAAAGAAUCUAGAUCUUGGAUUGAAGAUGAUAUAAAACAGGAUAAUGAUACAGAAACAAUUAAAACAAAAGGAGAAAAAAGAUUAAAAUUUAAAUCUAGGAUUGGAAAGACUACUAAUGGUGAUCAUAAAGAAGAUGGUAAAAAUAAUCCACCAGCAAGUGGUGCAAAAAUAAUUGGAAAGAAAGAAUAUAGAUCUUGGAUCGAAGAUGAUAGAGAUGAUGAUAUAAAACAGGAUAAUGAUACAGAAACAAUUAAAACAAAAGGAGAAAAAAGAUUAAAAUUUAAAUCUAGGAUUGAAAAGACUACUGAUGGUGAUCAUAAAGAAGAUGGUAAAAAUAAUCCACCAGCAAGUGAUGCAAAAAUAAUUGGAAAAAAAGAAUCUAGAUCUUGGAUUGAAGAUGAUAGAGAUGAUGAUGUAAGACAGGAUGAUGAUGCAGAAACAUUUAAAACGAAAAGAGAAAAAAGAUUGAAAUUUAAAUCUAGGAUUGAAAAGACUACUGAUGGUGAUCAUAAAGAUGAUGGUAAAAAUAAUUUACCAGCAAGUGAUGCAAAAAUAAUUGGAAAGAAAGAAUCUAGAUCUUGGAGUGAAGAUGAUAGAGAUGAUGACGUAAGACAGGAUAAUGAUACAGAAAUAAUUAAAAUGAAAGGAGAAAAAAGAUUAAAAAUUUGCCAUUCAAAAAAGUGGAUACAAAAUUUUAUUUUACAUAAAUGUGACAUUUGUCAGAGUACAUUUGAAACAGAGAAAAGAUUGAAUACACACAAGCGUAGUCAUAUAGCAAAAAAUAUUUGUAAUUUAUGUAAUCGUGCUUUUACGAGUGAAAAUUGGCUUCAGAGACAUAAACAAAGUGACCAUUCUUCAAAUAAAACUGACGUUGAUGAAUCGAGAGUUUGUUUUUUUUGUAACAAAGUUUUUGCGUCAAGUAGUCGUCGCUUUAUACACGAGAAAAAAAUUCACUGGGAAAUACGGUAGUGAUUGAGGAUUUUAAAUUUAAAUAAUCAACUUUAUUUUGCUUAUCGUUUGUCAUAAAUAAUUUUCUUUGAACGUUUUAUUUUUAAUGACUACCUAAUUUUUGGAAGAAUUAUGGAAAGUAAAAUUUAUCACUAGUAAAUUUUGUAAUUGUAGUUUUUGUUUCUUGUCAGUCAUAUUUGUUUUUUUAAUUAUCAAAAGAUAAUUAAAUUAUUCGUAAUAUCAACAGAUUAAUGUAUGAAAUAGUAGUGGGUAUAAAAAAAUU